ACUGCGACCAUCGCGAUAAUAAAACGGAGUGACUCUUUCUAAGUGUGUAGAAUAAAAAUUGAUAAUUCAUUGGAUCGUACAGCCGAGAGUGAUUUCCCCGUAUUAACGACGACCUCCUCUCCGACAAUAAAUUCUUUAGUUGACGGAAAUAGACGAAUAAUUGAGUUGAAUAUUGUGUGUAACAAAAACACUGGUGGACGAAUUCUCGUCGGUUUAUCGUGAAAGGGCCAACGGCCGGGUGAUGCGCGCAUAUGUCUAAACUCGUGAGGACCCAGCCUCUGGCGACAGGACAGGUGAAAAGAUCAUCCGACCAUCAUCACUACCACAACACCAACAAUAGCUGUAUUACCAGCAGUUUUAAUAAUAAUACGGCGUUGCUGGGCUUCGGUGCUGCGACGAAGCGCUUGAGGCACAAUAACGCCGACGAGAACGAAGAGAAUAACGUUGAAAUUGUUAAUAUGACUGAUACAGCAACGGCUAACAGCCAAAAGAGGGCCAAUUUUUCAGCCCUCACUGUUGCUAAUCCCAAUGGUGUUAAUAAGUUGACGCAAAAUUUGGCCAAUGCCAAGCCUGGCUCAGCUAGAAAGCUUGUUAUCAAAAAUUUUAAGAAUAAACCCAAACUACCGGAGAACUAUCAGGAGGAGACAUGGGAAAAAUUACGAGAGGCAGUGGUGGCUAUUCAGACGAGCAAAAGUAUCCGCUACUCCUUGGAAGAGCUUUAUCAAGCAGUCGAAAACAUGUGUAAUCAUAAAAUGGCGUCGACAUUGUACACUAAUUUGACGGUGUUAACUGAGUCCCAUGUUAAAGCCAAUGUUGAGCAAUUUCUGGCCGAAUCGAUGGACAGACACAUUUUUCUGAAGAAAAUGAACGAAUGUUGGCAGUCCCAUUGUCGUCAGAUGAUCAUGAUUAGGAGUAUCUUUUUGUACCUGGAUAGAACUUAUGUCCUGCAAAAUCCCAGCAUAUCUUCUAUCUGGGACAUGGGCCUGCACUUAUUCCGGCGACAUAUCGUCCUGAACAACCUAGUGCAGACGAGAACAGUGGAGGGUCUCCUAAUGCUGAUCGAAAAAGAACGCCAAGGUGACACAGUGGACAGAACCCUCCUAAAGUCCCUCCUGCGAAUGCUGUCCGAUCUCCAGAUCUACCAAGAAGCAUUCGAGAGUAAAUUCCUCAUGGCGACUGAGAGACUCUACGCUGCUGAGGGUCAGCGCCUGAUGAACGAACACGAUGUCCCUGAAUACUUAGCUCACGUGGACAAACGCCUGCAAGAGGAAAACGAGCGCCUCCUCCACUACCUCGACAUGUCCACAAAGUGGUCCCUCAUUCACACAGUGGAAAAACAACUCCUCUCGGAACACGUCUCCAGUAUCCUCCAGAAGGGUCUCAGUGGUCUCCUUGAUGAAAAUCGAAUCAGUGAUCUGACAUUGCUCUACAAUCUCUACAGCCGGGUGAAGAAUGGCCUUGUUGAGCUCUGUCUAAAUUUCAAUUGCUACAUCAAGAAAAAGGGAAAAACGAUAGUCAUCGAUCCUGAAAAGGACAAGACAAUGGUCCAAGAGUUACUCGAUUUCAAGGAUAAAAUGGAUAAUAUUGGGAAUACUUGUUUCUAUAGAAAUGAAAAAUUUGCCAAUAGUCUAAAGGAGGCGUUCGAGACAUUCAUCAAUCAGCGUGCCAAUAAACCAGCUGAGCUGAUUGCCAAAUUUGUGGACAUGAAAUUACGGGCUGGCAAUAAAGAAGCCACUGAAGAAGAGCUUGAAAGACUCCUCGACAAGAUAAUGGUUCUAUUUCGAUUUAUCCAUGGAAAAGACGUGUUCGAGGCGUUUUACAAGAAAGACCUGGCGAAGAGACUUCUGAUGGGAAAGUCAGCAUCUGUCGAUGCCGAGAAGUCGAUGCUGUCCAAGCUGAAACAGGAGUGCGGUGGGGGAUUCACCAGUAAACUCGAGGGAAUGUUCAAAGACAUGGAGCUGAGCAAGGACAUCAACAUCGCUUUCAAACAGUACUCUACAAAUUUACAGAAUGAAUUGUUGGCAAGUAAUCUUGAUCUCACUGUUUCCAUCCUCACGAUGGGAUACUGGCCCACUUAUCCACUCAUGGAGGUGACUCUGCCUGCUGAAAUGGUUCAGUACCAGGAGAUUUUCAAUAAUUUCUACGUGGGGAAACACAGUGGCAGGAAGCUACAGUGGCAACCGACACUUGGCCACUGUGUACUCAAGGCUUGGUUCACUGGCGGCAAUAAGGAGCUGCAGGUUUCACUGUUCCAAGCACUUGUUCUGAUACUUUUUAAUGAUUCGGAUGAUUUGUCGCUUGAAGACAUCAAGGCUGCUACCAAUAUCGAGGAUGGAGAGUUGAGGAGGACUUUGCAGUCUUUAGCUUGCGGUAAGGCCAGGGUUUUGCAGAAGAAUCCCAGAGGGAGAGACGUCGCUGAUAAUGACAGAUUCGUCUUUCAUGCUGACUUCACUAAUAAGCUUUUUAGAAUUAAAAUUAAUCAAAUUCAAAUGAAGGAGACGAAUGAGGAGCAAAAGGCCACUGAGGAGCGAGUCUAUCAGGAUCGACAGUACCAGAUUGAUGCAGCCGUUGUGAGAACUAUGAAAAUUAGGAAAACUCUCACUCAUAAUUUGCUUAUUAGUGAGCUGUACAAUCAGCUCAAGUUCCCAGUUAAGCCAGCUGAUCUUAAAAAACGCAUCGAGUCCCUAAUAGACCGCGACUACAUGGAGAGGGACAAGGACAAUGCCAACCAAUACAACUAUGUUGCGUAACCACAACCAAAUGCCAAAGUCACCAAGCCACGAACGAGAAUGGUUGUAUGUAAAACAAGGAGUUUGCGAUUGCGACGUCGAAUUGAAGAGCAAACCCGACAAUUAAGCUCACGCUGGAACCAGCGAUUUCGUAAUAAUCAAUAUUUUAUGAUUAGGUAUCGUCGUUUGUGUCUCAAAGGCGAUGAACAACGCCAACGUCAGUUUGAUCGGAGAAAAUGAUACAAUAGGGAUUUAAUAUCUGAUUUGAUCGAUUAAGGUGUUGACAAGGAUCAUCACUCCGAAUCAAUUUUCCAAAUUGUCGAUGUAAUUGUCGUCGUUGAGAUGACUGAAUGAAUUGAUUAAUUAAACUGGCAAUCAAUGGCGAUGGAAUGAUGAUAAUGAAUUCAAAUUGAUUACGAUAAUCAUUUCACUUGUUGUUUGGAUUCUUUCAGCCAAUUUUUUUCUUUUGUAUAAAGAACAUUACGAGAAAAAUGGUGUUUAGUGUUUUUUGUGAAUAUAAUAAAGGAGGAAAAUAAAAUAGCA